GCUCCUUUCAGGCAUCAUGAUGUCCUGACACAGUGUUACAGAAGUGUUUCAAGUGACCCAGACUUGCUACAUCCCUGAUCACAGUGACAGAGACAAUCCAUGGCAUUCGGGACAAUUUUCCUUCAGUGGUUUAUUUUAUCAUGUUAAUGACGCCUGGAGAGACUACCUGGGUCUUGUUUCAACGUGCGAAGAGGUUUCCCAGAGUCUGCACAGCAGUGGACUGGAUGGGAGGCUCCCAUGAUCUGAUCAGUUUCAGGCGAGAACACGCUCCUGGGCAAAGAAGCUUGAGAGAGGCCAGGAAGACUUCUAGACAAGCUGCUGCAGAAAACCUUCUGAGCCCUGGAUCCCAGAGUUCCUGCUUGGCGCCUGCCUGAGUCCUCCUGAGGCUGCAGGGAGCGAUGGCGGUCCCUGGACUCAUGAGCCCACCGUAUGGGGCCCUAUGCACCCAGCUGCUGCUGACUCUUUGGGUUUUCAGUUUUGUUGGUGAGGCCUGUAAAAAGGUGACAUUUCAUGUGCCUGCAACACUAGAGGCGGACCAGAUCAUCGGAAGAGUUGAUCUGAAAGAGUGUCUAAGAUCUGCUGAUGGCAUCAGGCCAAGUGAUCCUGAUUUCAGAGUUCUAGAUGAUGGGUCAGUGUAUACAGCCAGAGCUGUUGUGCUGCCUGAUGAGAAGAGAUCGUUUACCAUUCAGCUUUCUGACUCAAAAAGGCAGACACAAAAAGAGAUCGCAGUCAUCCUGGAAAGCCAGAAGAAGGUGAUGAAGAAGAAGAGACACACUAAGGAUACUGUCCUUAGGAGGGCCAAGAGAAGAUGGGCACCCAUUCCUUGUUCCAUGCAAGAGAAUUCCUUGGGUCCCUUUCCAUUGUUUCUUCAACAGGUUCAGUCUGAUGCAGCUCAGAACUACACUGUCUUCUACUCAAUAAGUGGACGUGGCGUUGACCAAGAACCACUGAAUUUGUUUUUCAUAGAGAGAGACACUGGGAAUCUGUAUUGUACUCGCCCUGUGGAUCGUGAGGAAUAUGAUGUUUUUGAUCUGAUCGCCUAUGCAUCCACUGCAGACGGUUAUUCGGCAGAUUUACCUCUCCCGCUGCCGAUCAAAGUUGAGGAUGAAAAUGACAACUACCCUCUUUUUACAGAAACAGUUUAUAACUUUGAAGUUCCAGAAAGCAGUAGACUUGGUACUGUAGUGGGUACGAUUUGUGCCACGGAUAAAGAUGAACCUGACACGAUGCACACGCGCCUCAAGUACAGCAUCUUGGAGCAGCAGCCACCGUCACCUGGGCUCUUUUCUGUGCACCCUGACACUGGCGUCAUCACCACUGUCUCUCACUACAUGGACAGAGAGGUUGUAGACAAGUACAAACUGAUAGUGAAAGUCCAAGACAUGAACGGCCAAUUCUUUGGACUUAUCAGUACAGCGACUUGUAUCAUAACAGUGCAAGAUUCCAACGACAACGCACCCACAUUCAGACAGAGUGCUUACGAGACUUCUGUGGAAGAAAAUACAUACAAUGUCGAAAUUUUGCGCAUACCUGUAGACGAUAAGGACUUGAUUAAGAGUGCCAACUGGAAGGCAAAUUUCACCAUCUUGAAAGGAAAUGAAAACGGGUGGUUCAAAAUCACAACAGACCCAGCCACUAAUGAGGGUGUUCUAUGUGUCGUGAAGCCCCUGGAUUAUGAAGAAAACCGUCAAGUGACCCUAGAGAUUGGAGUGAACAAUGAAGCUCCCUUCAUCAGAGAUGUUGCAAGCCGAGUACCCACCAUGAACCGGGCCUUGGUUACAGUUCAUGUGAGCAACCAGGAUGAAGGGCCAGAAUGCAAGCCCCCCGAGCAAUAUGUGCGGAUCAAAGAAAACUCAGCAAUUGGGUCUAAGAUCAAUGGCUAUAAGGCCUAUGACCCUGAAACCAGGAAUAGCAAUGGCUUAAGGUACAAAAAACUGAAGGAUCCUAAAGACUGGGUCAGCAUUGAAGAAGUUUCAGGGUUGCUCACCAUAUCAAAAACCUUAGACAGAGAAGUCAUGGCUCCAAGAAAUGACUUAUACAAUAUUACAGUCAUGGCAAUAGACCAAGCGGGUAAAUCAUGCACAGGAACACUUGCAGUGAGCAUCGAGGAUGUGAAUGACAAUGCACCAGAGAUCACUGAAGAUUAUCUUGUCAUCUGCAAGCCAAAGAUGGGGUAUAUGGACAUUUCAGCUGUGGAUCCUGAUGAACCUGUCAAUGGCCCUCCUUUUCAGUUCAACUUGGCAAGCUCUUCUCCAGAAGUCAACAGAAUCUGGACCCUCAAGCCAGUUAACGAUACAGCUGCCCGCCUAUCCUAUCGGAAGAAUGCUGAAGCUCAGAUAUACACCAUUCCUGUUACUGUAAAAGACAGAGCCGGGAAAAAUGCAACCAAAAUCUUGAGAGUUAACCUGUGUGACUGCACCCACCCCAGCCAGUGUGCGGCCAGGUCAAGGAGUGUAGGGAUUGCCAUGGGGAAGUGGGCCAUCCUUGCCAUCUUGCUGGGCAUCGCACUGCUCUUUUCGGUACUGUUAACUUUAGUGUGUGGAGUUGUUACUACCCGAAAAGGAAAACAUUUUCCUGAAGAUUUAGCACAGCAAAACUUAAUUAUAUCGAACACCGAAGCACCUGGAGACGACAGGGUGUGCUCUGCCAAUGGAUUCACUACCCAGACAGCCAACAACUCCAGCCAGGGCUUCUGUGGCACAAUGGGAUCUGGAAUGAGGAAUGGCGGGCAGGAGACCAUUGAGAUGAUGAAAGGACACCAGACCCUGGACUCCUGCCGCGUCGCUGGCCAUCACCACACUCUGGAAUCCUGCAGGGGCGGACACAUGGAGACGGACAACUGCAGAUACACUUACUCAGAGUGGCACAAUUUCACUCAGCCUCGACUUGGUGAAAAAUUGCAUGUGUGUAACCAGAACGAAGAACACAUCCCAUCCCAAGACUACGUCCUCACCUAUAACUACGAAGGCAGGGGAUCUCCAGCGGGCUCUGUAGGCUGCUGCAGCGAAAAACAAGAAGAGGAGGGACUGGACUUUUUAAACAACCUGGAACCCAAAUUCCUUACAUUGGCAGAAACAUGCACGAAAAGAUAAUGCCGCCUGGCAACAAUUAGACACGUCCUUAGCAGAAGUUUGAAACGAUGAUAUGUAAAACAGAGUCACUAUUUGCACAAAAUGGUCUUGAGCUAUGCUGGCUUACCUUGUGAUAGUCUGAUUUUAGUCUAGUGUGAAACUGACACAUAAUCAGGAGUAGCCAUUUCUGUGGAAAUCUGGUAUUUUCUGGGUGGCUGUGUGCUGUGUGUAACUGUCCUGCAAUGCUGGGCAGGACAGUGAGCUUCAGCUCCUAGCCCGUCACAGGGUCAUGGCCAUUGCAGAGUGUGGGGUCAUAUAUCUCCUCUGAUUGCUAAUAAGAUACAACCACACCCUGAGCCAAGGACAGUGUGCACAUAUAAUGAACUUUUCUACAGUUUAAAGUCUCCCCACAGCAAUUUGUAUUAAAGUGAUUGGCUGCUGACCACUUUUUAAAAAGCACAAGUGUUAAAAUUAGAUAGCUAGAGGAGUUCAAGCUGCAAUACUGGAGUUAGCUAAGGUCUGGAAAGGGCCUGCCUAGCCCAGAGGAUACUUUCCUAACAAAUGAAUUUUGUAACGUGUUAGUCUUAAAGAACUGUUAAGUUGUUAUCAACAUCACACACUACACAAACCUUCUAAAGGUGGUUUAACAUACAAACAAAACAGUAAGGAUGAAUGUUUCAGGACAGAAAUAAUUAAUGCUAAGUUACAUUAAAAUUUCUGUAAAGCUGAGGAUCUCUGACCUGCCUCCUUCGGAUUUCACUGUCAAAUAUUUUACUGGACUUUGGAAACAAAAUUUGGCAAGCUAGGAUACUGUAUAGCAAUUUUCUAUCUCAUCACAGUCUGAAACCUUUUGUGAUUUGUAACCAAAGUAGGAAUCAGAGUGAUGUUUAAAAUGCAAUGUAAAAAAGAGAAAAAUGGCAAUUAUUUAAGUUUAGUGGGAAAGAAAGGAAACGUGGAUUUAGUUUGAAGGAUAUGUAAAGAUUUGUACAUCCAAAUAUUAGAAGGCAACUAGGUGAUCCUUCCCCAUAACCCCUACAAUGCUGAGACCCACAGUUUCCUGUCGGGGGUAGAUUACAGAAAUGCAUGUUUUGGGGGGAUGUAGUGUUGACCGCCAAUGAAGUUACAUCCUCCAUCAACUUUUUCUUUUUUUUUUCUACCCUUUUCUCUCUCUUCCUCCUGUUCUUUCAUUUUUUAUUUUUUAUUUUAUUUUAUUUUUUUUUUUAGAGGGGGUAGUGGUGGUGGAUUAUCUUUACCUACUGGCUGUCCUCAAAUUCACAAUACCCCUGACACAGCCUUUGAAUACUAGAAUUAGAGGCAAAUGCCACACUCUUUGUUUUUUGAUGCAGAGCCAACUGGCCUUUGGAGCCUUCAUUGUGCAGUGCAGAAGACAAUGGGGAGAAAGUGUUGUUAUCCUUAGAGCCACAUACUCAUGGCUUCUUAUCUCCCUCCAAUGAGAAUUGUAGCUUUUAUUUCCAGUACCCACUCACACCCUAUGUGAGAGGAGCUCUGGCACCAUUUCAGAAAUGCAGGCCCUCCUUGGUUCCUUUUCCUGUCCACCAAGCACCUGUCCACAGAUGCUUGAAAGCCCUGCAUCUGAUCCACCUAGGUGGCAGAUCUAGAAACUCAAUCAUCCUUCAGUGUGAUUUAACUUUUAAACAAGCAGAGCUGCCAAGAAGGUCAAAGCAUGAAGCCAGCAGGGCUGUGAGCAGCAGAGAAGGCCACAUUUUAUGCCCUUUGCAUUCUCCAAUGUCUUUAUCCUGCCUUUUCUUCUUGCUCUUAAACCAAUAUGCCCACCCUUUAGUUUGUAGAAGUGUUGGGCAAGACAUUUUUAAGACCUCUUCUCAUUUGGAAUAUAUUGAAUCUGGAAGAAGGACAGUGAUGGGAGAUGUAACUCAGUCAGCAGAAUGCUGCCUGGCAUGCCUAAAGCCCAGGAUUUGAUUCCAAGCACUGCAUAAAGCGGGAUUGGUGACUCUACUAGUAGCCCCAGCCCUUGAAAGAGGUGAGGGCAGGACGAUCGAGGUAGUUCAAACUCUUCCAUAGCUAUGUGAAAAGUUUUUUUUAAUUUUAUUUUUUAUUGUUAGUUACAUUUUAUUAACUCUGUAUCCCAGCUGUAUUCCUCUCCCUCAUUCCCUCCCAACCCCACCCUCCCUCCCUCAUCUCCUCUUUGCCCCUUUCCAAGUCCACUGAUAGAGGAGGACCUCCUUUCCUUUCAUGCUACCCUUGUUUAUCAGAUAUCUUCAGGACUGGCUACAAAGUCCUCCUCUGUUACCUAACAGGGCUGCUCCUCCCUCGGGGGAGAGGGAGGUCAAAGAGCCUGCCAUUGAGUUCAUGUCAGAAAUAAUCCCUGUUCCCCUUACUAGGGUACCCACUUGGAUACUGAGCUGCCAUGGGCUACAUCCAAGCAGGGUUUCUAGGUUAUCUCCAUACAUGAUCCUUGGUUGGAGAAACAGUCUCAUAAAAGAUCCCUGGGCCCAGAUAUAUUUGGUCCUUGUAGAGCUCCUGUCCUCUCCAGCUCGUACUAACUCCCCCUUCUUUCAUAUGAUUCUCUGCACCCUGCCAAAGGUUUGGUUAUGAGUCUCAGUAUCUGCUUUGAUACACUGCUAGGUAGAGUCUUUCAGAGGCCCUCUGCGGUAGGCUCCUGUCCUGUUACUUGUUUUUGAGGCCAGCGUGGGAUCUAUGCUGUGAGUCUUUGGAUGCGCUAGGGUAAAUAUGACCUGUUCAAUAAAGUCCCUAUCCUUUAUCCAUUGAUGCUAAGGUCUUCAACUAUGUGAGUAUCUAGAAUUCUGUUUUGAUUUGUACAUUUUUCAUGUUUUUAUUUUAUCCUGAGAGUUACUUUCUUGGUAGAUGUUUGAAAUUGUCCUUUUUUUUGUUCAUAUAAUAUUAUUCUUUUCCCAAAUGUAAAAGGUGAAAAUUGUGCUAUUUUAGUGGGUAAGAAAAACAUCUUUUGUUUUUUAACACUUUCAUCCUACCCCCCCCACCCCAGGUUUUUAUGUAAAUGUACAGUUACUUUUUUCUCACAUUUAUAAGGAAGCAGUCUAAAAAGCAAUUGGAGUUUGUUUUUCAAUGAUUUAAACAAGUUCAAUUUGACAAUUAAAUUGCUUCCGAAUCUUAUCAAAUGAAAAAAACAAGCAUGGAAUGUGAGAAAUAAUGCUUCUCAAUAAGGAAUGUAAUAAAGUGAUGUUAAACUGC